AUGAUGAUCCUUUCCUUUUCUCACCUCCUACUCCCGUCACCUUUUCCUUUUCAUGCUUUUAAUAUUUCUCCCUCACUUUCCAGUCUUCUCCUUCAACUUUUAACCUUUCCUCCUCCUACUUUAUUCCUUUAUUUAAUAUUUCUCGCACACCUACCAUUCUUUCCCCCUUCUUUUCCUUCAUCUCUUAACCUUUUUUCUUCACCCCCUACUCCCGCCUCCAUCUCCUUCUUCUUCUCUUUAAUAUUUCCCCCAUACCUAUCAGUCUUCACCUCCCCUUCUUAUACUUCAACCUCAACUCAUACACCCGUCUCCUUCUCCUUCUUCUUAUUUAAUAUUUCUCCCACACCUAACAUUCGUCUCCCCUCCCUUCCUUCAGCUCUCUAUAUAUCUCUCCCUCACCUCUUACUCCCGCUUCCUUCACUUUCUUUCACUCAAUAUUUUCCCCACUCAUACCACCCUUCCCUUUCCACAUUUUUUCUUCUAAUCUCAACCUUUCUUCCUUCACCUUCUACUCCCGCCUCAUUCUCCUCUUUCUCUUUAAUAUUUCCCCCCAUGCCUAGCAGUCUUAUCCUCGCAUUUCUUACCCUUCCUCAACCUUUCUUUUCUUCACCUCCUACACCCGUCUCCUCCUUCUUCCUCUCUUUAAUAUUUUUCCACAACUACAAUUCCUCUUCCUUCAACUCUCAACCAUUCUCCUCCUCACCUCCUACUCCUGUCUCCUUCUCUUUAAUAUUUCCCCUAUACCUUCUCCACCCCUUCUUAAACUUCCUCAACCUUUGUUUUCUUCAUCUCCAACUCCCACUUUCUUCUCUCUUUAAUAUUUCUCCCAAAACCUACCGCCUCCCUCUCUUUUCUCUCUUUAAUGUGUCUUCCACACCUACCAUUCUCCUCACUCUUCCUUCAACUUUGAACCUGUUUCUUCCUUACCUCCUACUACUGCGUCUUCUCUUUCAUUCUUGUGGAAAUUUUCUUCCCCUCUUCGUAUUCUUCUUUUCUCUCUUUAUCGAGUCUUCUUUUCAAUCUACAUCUUCUUGUCACUCUUUCCUUUUCUUUCUUUGUCCCUUCGUUUCUUGCCGCCUAUUCCGUCCAUUAGUUUUCUUCUUUUCAGUCGCCUCGGAUACUUUCUCUUUCUCCUGUUCCUUUUCUGAAUACCACCUCCAAUUCUUUCCCCUUUUUCAUCUUCUCUUCCUUUCUCUAUCCCUUAUCCUGCCACCUCCUCCGCCUCCUUUCGGUCUUUCUUUUCCUGUUCUCGCCCCCUCUUACUUUCUGGCUGUUUUCCAAUACUUUUCUUUUUUUCUUUAUCCCCCUUCUUCUCUUUUCUUCUAA